CCGCCUCCGACGGGCGGCCGCUAGCGGGCCGCAGAGCAGCCGAGCUCUCCGGAGGCCGAAGCCCACGGCGUCCGGGGGCGCAGCGCAGCCGCCCCCCGCGCAGCUCCCCGUGCGCCCCCGCGCAUGGCCUUGGGGCGCUCCGGGCAUGGAGCGGGAGAAGCUGCCGCGGCGGCCCGGACUCUCCCUGCGGCUGGACGAGGCCGAGGGGGAGGUGCCGGGCCCGGGGGGCUGGCAGGCGGGCGGGCGGCUGCGGCCUUCCUCCUACCGGGCGCUGCGCAGCGCCGUCUCCACUCUGGCGCGCCUGGACGACUUCUACUGCGAGAAGAUCGGCGCCGGCUUCUUCUCCGAGGUCUUCAAGGUGAGGCACCGUCAGUCGGGGCAGGUCCUGGUGCUGAAGAUGAACAAGCUGACCAGCAACCGAGGGAACAUGCUGCGCGAGGUGCAGCUGAUGAACCGGCUCUGCCACCCCAACAUCCUCCGGUUCAUGGGGGUCUGCGUUCACCAGGGCCAGCUGCAUGCGCUGACAGAGUACAUCAAUGGGGGGACCCUGGAGCAGCUGCUCGACAGCCCCACCCCACUUCCCUGGCCUGUCCGCCUCAAGCUGGCCCUGGACAUCGCCCGGGGGCUCUGCUACCUCCACAGCAAGGGCAUCUUCCACCGGGACCUGACCUCCAAGAACUGCUUGGUCAGGUGUGAGGACAAUGGCUACACAGCAGUGGUGGGUGACUUUGGCCUGGCAGAGAAGAUCCCCACCUACAGUGAGGGCAGCGAGAAGGAGCCCCUGGCCGUGGUGGGUUCUCCAUACUGGAUGGCCCCCGAGGUCCUGCAUGGGGAGCUGUACAACGAGAAGGCGGACGUCUUUGCCUAUGGCAUCAUCCUUUGUGAGACCAUCGCACGAGUGCCGGCUGACCCCGACUACCUGCCUCGCACAGAGGACUUUGGCCUCGAUGUGGCUGCAUUCUGCAACCUGGUGGGAGCCAACUGUCCAGCGGCAUUUCUCCAUCUGGCUUUCCACUGCUGCAAGAUGGAGCCCACGGCCCGGCCCUCCUUCCUGGAGAUCGUCCAGCGCCUGGAGGCGAUGCUGCUGAUGACGGGAGACCCCGGCCUGGCCCUGACGGACAACAACGGGACAGGCCUCCCUGCCAACUCGGCACCCGCACUGAAUGGUCAAACGGCCAAGCAGCUCUCCUUCCCCAACGCCCCAUCUGGCCUGCUUGGCCAACGGCUCUUGACACCAGAGCAGCCCCUUUCCCGCAGCCAGUCGGACAUGUUCCGCCCUCGGUCGCCCGCCUUGCCGCGUGCCCACGACACUCCACAGCGAGUCAACCCCUUUUCCCAGCGACAGGACCUCAAGGGAGGCAGGAUCAAGCUCUUUGACACGCCCAGCAAGUCCUUGAUCUCCCUGACCUUCAACCUGCCACCCCCUUCACCUUUUCCACCCGGCACCCCCAUCACACCAGAACCCACUGUGGAGAUGCAGUGCAACUUUGCCGAGCCCAUCCCCAUCUUGCGUAGGUGUCGCUCACUGCCAGCUUCCCCAGAGCUGCCUCGCCGGGAGCAGGCACCCCACAGCCCGCUCUCGGCCCUGGACCAUACACCCCCGGACCCCCCUGUUUCCUUUGCCGGUGAGUGGAUGGACUGCAGUCCGGACAGCCCGGUGCCAGCAUCUGCCAGCCCAUCACCCCUGUUGACCAACGGCAGCUUCAUCAGCACGGCUGUGUCAGCAGCCCAGCCGUGGUCCCCCAACGGAAUACUCCUGAACAAUAACAGCAAGCCACACGGCUGGGGCGGGGGCUUCUCUGAGCUGAGUGUGCCUCCCACAGCGGAGAGAGCGCAGACAGAGUGCCCGGGGACGGCGCUGCCCCUGAGCCCCUCCAACAGCAGCUGUGUGAUGGAGCAGGACGAGGUGCUGGCCUGCCCGGCCUGCUGCCUGGUUCCCUUCAGCUUCAGCUUUGCUUCUGUCUGCCACCGGCCGGCUGCCAGCACCCCCCGCUACCAGAACCUGAACUGCGAGGCCAAGAGCCUGCAGUGCCCGGAGAGGCACCCCCAGCAUUGCAAGGGCCUGGCACCGGGCCUGGCAGAACCCAGCCUCAAAUUGCCGGAAGCCCAGUCCUGAGGCUGGCCCUGCGGCUGAGGAGCACUUUGGAUCUGCCUGGACGUCCUGGCUGCCCUUCAGACCUCCGGGAGCCAGAUGGGCUGAGGGGGUGGCACUACCCCAUUGGGACAAGCAGGUGCAAUGUUGCAGGCAGGGCUGCCAAGCCUAUCAGAAGCCAGGAGGAAGUGUCUGGUGCCCAGUCCGGUCUCUGUGCAAUAAGGGGCUGCUGCUGCUUUGGCCCUCCCCUGCCUGGCCUCAUUGCAGCCUUGGGGUCAAGCCCUUGGUUCCCCGACCUCUUGCUCAGGUGGGGUGAUGCCCUCCAGCAUGGGUGGGUACAAGAAGGAAGAUGCAGGGCUGGGGUGAAGGGAAUUCGGGUUGGGGGUGCUCCCCGUGAGGCUGGCAAGGGAAGGGCCAGCUCAUUCUGCCAUCUGAGAGGGACUGGCACACCCUGGGCAUGGCGCCGUGGGGUGUCCCGGAGGGAUGGGGCAGGGAGACAGUCAGGAUACAUACCUGGCCCAUCCCAUCCUCUCCUGCCCUGCGUGGGGUGGGUUCAGUGUGGGUCUGCCUGGCGUCUUGGCCCUUCUUCUCUUCUUGGCACCAGUGGAGAAGGCAGCUGCGUUUUUAAUAAUACUUGGAAAAUACUUGUUAAUAUAUUCAGCUUAUUUAAUGUGUUGAAAAAAAAAUAAAACCUGAUGACAGUUC